AUGGCCAAUCCAGUGACGCUCUUGUUCUGUUUCAAGGUCAUCUCAAUCUGCACGCAGACCAGCACUCCCUCUCCUCCUCCUACUCCAGUGUCUCAAGACCUCAGCAACAACACCUCUCCCUCUCACCAUGCCCCCCGCUUUGGCACCAUCAUCCCUAACCGCAUCUUUGUGGGAGGCAUUGAUUUCAAGACCAAUGAGAGCGACCUGAGACGCUUCUUCUCCCAGCAUGGAGCAGUGAAGGAGGUGAAGAUAGUGAUUGACCGUGCUGGGGUGUCAAAAGGAUAUGGCUUUGUUACCUUUGAGACGCAGGAGGAUACAGAGAGAAUCCUUCAUGAUGCUGACAGACUGUGCUUCCGGGACAAGAGGCUCAACAUCGGCCAGGCCGUCCGCAAGCAACAAGUGGGAGGUCACCCAAACAGCUUCUCUGUGUCCAGCCAUACUCCUGCCAUGAUGUCCACCCCCUGUGGAACCAUGUACCUCACCACCUCUACGGGGUACCCCUACACCUACCACAACGGAGUGGCUUACUUCCACACCCCAGAGAUGAGCCCCUCCGCUCCCUACCACUGGCCUUCCCGCUCAGUGCCUGGCUCUCCAGUCAUGCUGACCCACCAGCCUCCACCCAUCUACCAGCAGCCGGCCUACCAUCACUACCAGGCCCCUACACAGUGUCACCCUAGUUCACUGCAAUGGAACGUUCCUCAGUCUCCAGUGCCCUCCAGCCCAGUGUUGUACAUGCAGCCCUCUGAGCUCCUGUACCAGCCCAUGGAYCAGCCCAYCGACGGGGGCUGUGUCCAGCCUGCCAUGCCCCUCAUAGAGGCCCCCAUCCAAGAGCAGUUCAUUGACCACAUGGUGCAACCAGCCUACAAUCACACGUUAUACUACCCACAAAGUCCAGGGGGGAUGACACCUGUGAUGAUACAGCAAGAACCAGGAAAGGAACAGAAGUUCCACGCCAUGAGGCGAGGUUACCCCUCCUCGCCGGUCACCCUGAAGCCCAGGUACGGCCGCAACCCGCACUACGCCCACCUGCGCAAGGAGUACCGCCCAGAAAUCACCACUGACCCCUCCCCUCCGCCCGCCACCGAACCACUCUAGUAGAGGUCAUCCACGUUUCCUUUCAGCCAAUGAAACGCCCAUCUCCUUAGGCAGAAAGACCUACUUCUCAAUCUCUCCACGCGCUUCUCAAUCUCUCCAUGACCCUGUCUCCUCCAACCCUUCACCCGCAUUAUAUUAUUCAGUCCAGACAACUAUGUGCUCGCUGAAUGUUCCAUUUUUUAUCUUUGUAGUAUAAUUGUAUGUAAUAUUCUAUCAUUUAGCUACAAAAAGUACUGUAAGCACUAUGAUGUAAGUGCUCGUUCUAUCACUUCCGGACUGUGAAAAAGUGCAUAGUUUUCUCUGGUGUUUUUUCCACAACUCAGGGAGGAUAACUAGCUCUUGGUACUGUAUUGUACUGUUUAACUGUUUUCAUAACUAACCUAAUGCAUGAUUGAGCUUAAAGUUAAGCUAAACGAUCUUUUGUAACAAGAAUGUUCUCCAUUGGCAUCUGUGUCAAACUUUUGCCAUGUAACCGUUCAGAGUAUAGAAGCAAAAGGGAACUAUUUCCUGGUACUGCUUUAUGUUAUGCCUAUUGGCCAAUCACAAGUUUUGUUUUUCAAAUUAGCUAUUAACGCAAAGCAAAAAAAAGUCUAACGGAGAUUAUUGCCAAUAUUGGUUAAAAGUCUCAUCUGCUAUUGAGCAUGUUUUAUCUCAAUGGUAUUAGAAUAGUCAAGAUUACUGUCUUUUUAAUGUGACUGCAAUACAUGUUGGAAAAUGUAUUUAAAAAAUAAUUAGGCUGCUGUCACAGAAGAGGGCAAUAGAUCCUAGAGGGUUAAUCGUUACAUAAUUCUCCAACUGGAUGAAAAAAUACAUAAACAGGAGAUUAUUUUACGCAUUUUUAUGUAUCUCAUGUUUUCGAGAGCGGUUUCAUAUAGAUUUUGCUGUGAUUGUGAGUCUCUAAAAACGAUGUGCCCUUCAGGUGAGGGGUAACAUCAAAAUAACUCUGUCCACAGGACUGGGACCACAAAUAAAGUACAAUGAACAUCAGUCAAACAGAUUCACAUGGUCUCACAUCGGCUUUGUGUGACGGCUGGGACAUUUCAAGAUUGGAAGGUCAACAAAGUCAGCUCUUUUUUUUGCCAUUCUUUCCUGCCUGUAAAUGAUUCGCCUCAUCUUCAUCAACUUCAAUCACCCUUGGUUCAGUCAUGAGUCACCCAUGGUCCACUCAGGUUUACACGGUUUGGUUCUUUUUAUUUCCUGCAUCCUGUCUUGGUCUGCUCCCUCAUUGGUUAUGCAUGUAUUCUGUAAAAAAAAAAAAAACGUUUUAUAAAUUGUAUUCUAUAACUGAUAAAGCUAUGGGUGUCAGAGUUGAGGUUUAACUAAAGAAUUUAUGGCAUCAAUAUUUCAUGUAGGCCUAUUUUUUGAAUAAUUAUAUGAAUAGCAUAUACUAUGAGGUGUCUAUUUUGUUUUGUGUGAACUGCUAUUCACUUUCAUUUCAUGAUCUUCCCUGUAAAAAAAAAUAUAUAUAAUCAGGGUAGAAACAUCUAGAAUUUUCCACGACGGUUCACAAUUGAAAAGUUAUGCCGUUUUGCUCUGAAACAUACUUGUUUUCUUGUUGAGAAUUUUGAUCAUAGUGAAAGUCAAUGCCAGAAGAAAACAAAAUGACAGAAGAAUUUCAUAAAUAAGUGCUCCCACGUUCUGUUAAAUUAACAUUAAAAUAAACUUUAGGUAAAUUUGAUUUGGUCAGUUACUAAAAAACAGAAUCAAAGUUUGAUUUGAAAUUAGAUCAUUUUAGGAAAAGUAUUUUGUUGUAUUCCAAGCAUGCCUGUAAUUUCUCAAAAUGUUCAAUUUUUAAUAAACAUGUUUUACUCUUUACAUAUUUUCAUAGCACCACAUUGUCAAGUCAAUGUGUCUUGCCUUUUAAAACAUAAAUGUUUAACUAUUUAUUACAAUGUUAAACGUUUGAAGUUCAGUUGAGGAAUUCCACCUCCCCAUUUCUUCCUUCCUCUACCUCCUGUAAUCCCAUUACUCAAUUUGAGGGCAGAUCAACUAUGCUUUGCUCCAAAGUACAGCCUUUAGAAAAUGUCAAAUAUUGUUUUUAGAGUCAAGAUGUGCUCCCUUCGUCUACCCUUUUUAUAAAUGAGGCUAAGUUGUCUUGACCUUCCAGUUAGGAUUUUGUUUUAACAUCAGUGCAUGUUGUAUGUUUUGUAUAUAGUUCUGAACACUAGCUAACAUUUGGAUGUUGAUGUUCUUCUGCACGUUACAUUGUGCCUUGUUCUUUCCGAAUAUUGGGGGAAAUGUUUAAGACUGUGUUGACACACCUAAAUUGUUCAGAAGUGGGUCUUGUUCGUAAGAAUAAAGUUUGAACCGUUGAGCAGGAUGGAUAGUCCGUGUGUCAUUGAGCCCAGGGAAACAACCCUUUAUUAAAAAACCUUACUGAUGAAAUGGAAGCCUGUUUGAAAAACAUUGCACUACUGUGAAAAUGUGAAGACUACAGGUCACAAAUGUACAAUAGGAAUACACAUGGCACUCGAUUGUAAAUAUAUCUGAUAUUUAAUAAGAAACAGUGAAUGGAUAUCCACCAGGGACAAAAUGCAACACAGUCAAAACACAUCGUUGUUGUGUUGCUGAGUAAUAGUUCAUCACAAUAU